CUUGCACACGUACCUGUUACCGGUCAGUUCCGGAUGCUUUUAUUGGCUUUAUUGCACAUUGCUUUGGCAUAUCGAUGUCAUGUGGUUGACUUUCAUCAUAAUCAAAUUGUAUUACAAAAUAAGGAUUUUUAAUUUUUGAUGUAAAGAUUUGUGUUAUGUGUUUUGUGUAAUAAAAAGAGUAAUGAGUGAGACAAACGAAUCGAUUGACAGAGAAAGUGACAAUGAGGAAAGAAAUAAUGGCAAUUACUAUAAGGAUAAGGAUUUUAACAUUGAAGACUAUCAAGAUGAAAUUGAAAGCGAUGAAUCUUUCGAUUUUGAAGAAACGAACAAAAAUAGACCGGGACCCAGCAACACUACGCCUCAAGAAAGUAAGAGGCCUUACCUAAGAGUAAUUGAAAGUGCAAAAGAGUUCAAAGGACCCGUCCUUCCUGGGGGACACAGAUUUGACCGAAAGUUAACCUGCAUAAAGUAUCCUGGAAAUGUGAUAAAUCAAGAAAAAGCUAUCGAAACCCUAGGAGGCCUUACUUCAAUUUCAACGGCGGUAGAUGCAAACAACAGAAGAUUGGAAUUAAGAUUUCGACCAGACGACGGUUACAGUAAACCAGCUUGUGGCGAUAAACACACAACCUGUGGUUUCUUAUUACGUGUCAGAGUAAAAAAAUCGAGAGUUGAGCAGGCAAAUCGCGAAGAAGCCAGAAAAAACAGAAUGCCACGAGGUGAAGUUCGUAAAACGGAACUUAUGACCGAGAAUACUGAUAAUUCAGAAGAAAAUGACAAAACCGGGGAAUCUAUGAAUCCCACCCAAAACAUCCUUCCUACUUUUGAUAAGCAGAAAUACGAAAACUUGUCACAAGACAAAGAUUACGACCUACCAAAGCUUAAGGUUUUGGGAAGAGUGGAUAUUGAAUUCAGAUUCACAAAUUUGUGUGACUUUCAGUAUCUGCCCAUAAUGAAGAAUCCACAAACUAAGAAAGAAGAAUGUAUCUACGAUAAUAUAUACCCAGUGGGUAUUCCUCCGUAUCGUUGGUUAGGAGAAGAUGUACCAUAUUUCCUUCCCCCUGCAGCAUUCAGUAGAAUGGCUAGCAUACAACAAUACGUACCAAAAACCGUCUUAGACAUGGAGCCAGACAACAUAAUCGGAAAAACACGAAAGCGAAGAGCUGGAUUUUCCAACUUCGUAAGCUUUAAUGCCCCGGAGAUUCCCAGCAAGCCUCCAAAAGGCAUUGAGACCGCAAUGAAGGUCAAGUUCCUACAAAAUUUCCACCUCGACAGAAUCGCCAAAUUGUUCGAUGAGCGUCCUAUUUGGUCGAAGAAUGCCUUGAUCUUUAUAACGAAUUUCACGAGCGAACAAUUGAAGAUUUUGCUCCCCUCGGUUGCGUAUUAUUUCUUGACGGGGCCUUGGCGAGUAAUGUGGGUGAGACUCGGAUACGAUCCUAGGAAAGAUCCCACUGCGAGGAAAUAUCAAACACUGGAUUACAGACUCAAAGCAAUGCAUGGAUUGGGAUCGACUGUCAAGUGCAAGAGAAACUAUUCGGAGUAUAACUUGCCGUACAAGUCGGCUCCAGUUUCUAAACCGAAGUCUAUGAUCUUGACAGCCAAUUACAAUCUGGAGACUCAAAAGAAAAAGCGAAAUUUGAGCGAAAACGUUUACAUCUACAGAGAAGGGUUCAUCCCCCCGUCUCGCCAAAUGUUUUAUCAGUACUGCGACAUUCUUGUCGACGAGAUUCAGGAAAUGUUGAGCAAACUUCCGGACCCUUUGCCAGGAACGAAAUGCGACUUGAAGUUAGGUUGGCUACCUAAUGGUUUUGAUGCUCAGUGCAGAGAAAUCAUCAAUCGUCAAAUCCGUGCUGAACUGAGGAAACAAAACAACAUUCCGGAAGAUCAUCCUACCUCCUUACCACGCAAGAAAAAGUUUAUAAACCGAAAAUUGAUCCCAGAUAAGAAAAGGCCUCGACAGAGAAAGAAGGACUCAGAUGUGGCAGACACUGGCGAUGAUUCGGAACCAGAGUCAAUCGGAUCCUUAGAUGCUGAAGAUGUGCCCUUGGGAGACAGGUUAGUCGUCAUUGGUGAAAAUGACUCUGAAAGAACUUCAAUGACAGCUGGAGAAUUGGAGAUCAGCGAGAACGACGGAGGUACACUUUACUAAAAUUCCCUUCCUCUUUUAUAUCUUAUAUGUUUUUAAAUAAUGUAAAAUAAACUUUCCUUUCGUCUACGUCACAAUUUAUUCGCAAAAUGUACAAGAGACGAAUUACCAGAU